AUGGCUACCUCUAAACUCAAAACCCAAAGAAAACCCACCAAGCAAAUACACCAAAAGGCUCAGAAACAGAACCAAAACCAGAACCAGAAGCCCCAAAAGACAGAGAAGCCACCAUAUUGGUCUGUUGUAAGAGGCUUAUUGACCUGUAAACAUCUCCAACCACUUCAGCCACAACAAGAGCGCAAAAAGCAGCUACCGCAACAACAACAACAGCAUGAGCAAGCCAUGGAGGAAAGUAAUGCUGCCAAGAAAAGCAAGAAAAUGAGAUGCUCUGGCUCACUGUGUAACAACACCAAAAUCAUGCACAGGCCUGAAAUAGGAUCUCCUGAAGUUCAUAAGAAAAGGGCUUCAAUGGGUUCAUGUAACAGUAAUGAAACUUCAAGCAGAUCCAUGAAAGCUCCUCUGCAUGAGCUCAAUGGGGUUGUUUCUACCUCUUCUUCUUCAUUAUCUGCAGUAUCUACUAAUAAUUCUUCUGUUGGUGCUGGGUCUUUUAGAGCAAUGCCUUUCAGGAGAUUCUCUGGCUGCUAUGAGUGCAGAAUGGUGGUUGAUCCUGUUCUUGGUUUUGCCAGAGACCCCUCUCUGAGAGGCAGCAUUUGUUCAUGUCCUGAAUGUGGUGAGAUUUUCAUGAAAGCUGAGAACUUGGAGCUUCAUCAGGCUGUUAGGCAUGCAGUUUCUGAACUGGGUCCUGAAGACACAAGCAAGAACAUAGUGGAGAUCAUAUUCCAGUCCAGCUGGCUAAAGAAACAGACCCCGAUAUGUAAAAUCGACCGCAUCCUCAAAGUCCACAACACCCAAAAGACCAUCUCCAAAUUUGAAGAGUACAGAGAAUCCAUCAAAGCCAAAGCCACCAAGCUCCCCAAGAAACACCCUCGCUGCAUUGCAGACGGCAAUGAGCUCCUCAGGUUCCACAGCACCACAUUUGUGUGCUCACUAGGCCUAAACGGCUCCUCCAAUCUCUGCAACUCAAUUCCACAUUGCAAUAUCUGCAGCAUAAUAAAAAAUGGGUUCAAUAAGUUCUCUGGAGACCUAAUCGAAGACGGCAUUUUGACAACAGCAACAAGUGGAAGAGCUCAUGACAAGGCUGUGGUUGCUGCAGAGGACAGUGGCAAGAGGGCAAUGCUGGUUUGUCGUGUGAUUGCAGGGAGGGUGAAGAAGAACAUGGAGGAUGGUAUUGGUAUUGGACCUAUUGGUAUGGAAGAGUAUGACUCUGUGGCUGGAGCUGUGGGAGUCUACUCUAAUUUGGAUGAGUUGUAUGUGUUUAAUCCCAAGGCUAUUUUGCCUUGUUUUGUUGUCAUAUAUGGAGGUUUCUAAACUUUUUAAUGAGUUUUUGGCCACAUCUAUGUUAUAUAUUGCUAAGAUGAUUAUGACUUAAUUCUACAUUU